CGGACAGAGAGGGGUCCACACUGUGCUCGCCACACCUCCUCGACUCUGUCAGCUGGGACGCUGUUAUCAAACCGUGUAGAUUUCAUAGUUUGUAUGAAUUCAACUUUCUCUUACUAAAUGGAGACAUGUGAGGGAGCGAGAUAAUCUUGCUGUAACGUCGCAGCUUCUCUGUGUCCGCGGGUUGUCUGUUGGACACCAUCAGCGACCUUUGUUUACGUUAUUCAACCGCUUGUGUAACACGUGAGCUGCUGGUGUCUCUCCACGUUAGCUUAGCUGCUGUCUGACACACACUCAAGUCAGACACUUAGCUCAUGCAUUCACUGCUAGAUAGUUUACCCCCUGUUUAGCUCUUCGCAGUGGUUCGUGGUCGUGGUGCGUUCAGGGUAUGCAGAUGUUUUCGGGGGUGAGAACAUGUUUGGUGUCGGGUCUGACCAGGCUGCCCGGUUGUGUGAACUCAAGGGCGGCAGUGAGAGCGACACCUGCCCUCUGUAGACAUCAGCAUCGGACAUUCAGCUCUGGACCUGCAGAUGUCAAGGUGCUGUACGAUGGACUCUGUCCUGUGUGUGUGACGGAAAUCCGGUUCCUCGAGUUUCUGCAGAAAAACCGGCCUGGAAAAGUAGAUUUCGUCGACAUCUCCCUGCCGGCCUACGAUGGAGCAAAAUACAAGGACGUCAGCUACGAGAUGGCCAUGGAGGAAAUGCAUGUGAUUGAUGAGACAGGAAAGGUUCACCGCGGGGUCCCGGCAUUUGCGGUCAUGUACGCCGCUGUAGGCCUCGGCUGGUUGGGUCGCUUCAUGAUGUGGUCGCCUGUGAGACCGUUCAUGGACAAGUCCUACGCCAUCUUUGCCCGGAAUCGCUUAAAGUGGACCGGACGUGGGGAGGAGUGCGCCACAGGACGCUGUGAAAAGAAAUCGCAAUGACCCUGACCAUUUAAAAAUAACAAAUGAAGUAUGUUUAGCCCUUUUAAUUUGAUUGAGAAGAAGAACUCAAGAAAUUCAACGUGGUUUUACGAUCCUGUCUGGAAAAGUUCCAAGAUGUUUAGGGGAAAUAUCUGCUGACUGAUAUAAUAAAUGUUGUGAAGCCAUC